CAUAUACGGACCGAGGUCAGAUUAUCAAGGAAAAGAUUAUCACGGCAAAGUGGUUUAAACACCAUGCCAGUUUUUCUUCAGGUCUGAUAGUAGUGACCUGCACGUUUAUCACGCGAACGGGCGUCGCCCCAGCUUAAUUUCACAUUUUCUCUCAUUUCACCCCUGCAUCACGAUGUGCGGCAUUUUAGGCCUGCUGCUUCAUGAUCCAUCGGUGGACGCAGCACCAGACAUAUGUGAAGGUCUCUCUUUGCUCCAGCAUAGGGGACAGGAUGCGUGUGGCAUCGUGACUUGUGGUCCAAAAGGCAGAUUUUUCCAAUGCAAAGCCAACGGUAUGGUUCGCGAUGUCUUUGACGAGAAGGCCAUUUCCAAACUGAUUGGAGGAAUGGGUGUUGGCCAUGUUCGUUAUCCAACAGCUGGAAGUUCGAACCACGCUGAAGCUCAACCGUUCUACGUUAACUCACCCUAUGGUAUUGUAUUUGCGCAUAAUGGGAACCUCAUAGAUGGCCCUUCACUCCUGCAAUAUAUGGACGCCACCGCACAUAGACAUAUAAAUACUUCGUCUGAUUCCGAACUCCUACUCAACCUUUUUGCCAACAAUCUCCAGCAGACUGGCAAAUUUCGCAUAAACGAAGAUGACAUCUUCAAUGCCAUUGGAGGCCUUAUGAAGCAGUGCACAGGAGCAUAUGCAUGUGUUGCAAUGCUCGCUGGCUUCGGGAUCAUUGCGUUCAGAGAUCCGAAUGGCAUACGACCCCUCGGGGUGGCUUCCAGACGUAACAACUCUGGGAAAGACUACCUUUUUGCAAGCGAGAGCAUUGUUGCUGAUGCUCUGGGCUUUAGCGAAUGGGAGGAUGUGAAACCUGGUGAAGCAGUGAUCAUCACUCGGUCAGGGGUUUCAAGGAAACGUGUAGCAGAGCAUGCGAUCUUUGCACCAGAUAUAUUCGAAUUUGUCUACUUCGCUCGCCCCGAUUCAGUCCUUGACGGCAUUAGUGUCUACCGCAGUCGAAUGGCCAUGGGCGAUGCGCUUGCUGUUGAAGUUGACAAGGUUUUGAAGGAACGCGGCAUCACAGUGGAUGUUGUCAUUCCCGUUCCUGACACAUCUCGUGUUGCAGCUUUGAAUCUUGCUCAGAAGCUCAAUUUGCCCUACCGAGAAGGCUUUAUCAAGAAUCGCUAUGUUGGUAGGACAUUCAUUAUGCCAGGUCAGCAAAUGAGACGAAAAAAUGUCAGACGGAAACUGAACGCCAUGGCCUUGGAGUUUUCUGGGAAGAAUGUCCUCCUCGUUGACGAUUCCAUUGUUCGUGGCACCACCUCAAAAGAAAUUAUUCAGAUGGCGAAGGAUGUUGGCGCAAAAAAGGUCAUCGUCGCGAGCUGUGCUCCACCCAUAAGGUACUCUAAUGUCUAUGGUAUUGAUAUGCCUUCAAGGACGGAACUUGUUGCAUACGGACGCACCACCCAGGAGAUAGCUGAGGCCAUCGGUGCAGACCUUGUCGUGUUCCAGACUCUUCCUAAUCUCGUCGCGUCUGUGCGACAAUUCAACCCGUCCAUUCCAACUUUCGAUUGCUCCGUAUUCACAGGGGAAUAUGUUACUGGUGGUGUCACUGAGGAGUAUUUGCAUCAACUGGAAUUGCUACGUGCAGACAAUGUCAAAAAGAAGUCGGCCGCAAACUCAUGGGAAGGCAAAGGUGAGGGCAGUGUGGUCAACGGAUUCCACGAUCGAGAGACCAUGGUGGCGUCUAGCGGUCCAAUCAACCGUGCGGAUGACACAGUUGGAUUGCACAACACGUGGAAUGUCAGCUGACAUCCAGUUGCUUUCUUGUGCGUGUAGUAGAGCCUCUAUCAUUAUCCCCUGUCCUAUAAUUUCGCCACUGAGAAGAGUCACUCACUAAGUAUCACUAAAGUAUAGAGUGUUAGAGGGAUAUGUAUCUAGUUCAUGCUAAUCGAAUAUAUAUGGCAAUGGAAA